GUGGGUGGGCUGGCCCAUGGCGGAAGCCUCGCUCCCACAGCUGAGGGGAGAUGCGGCCGCCACGCCUUGCUCCAGCGUCCUGGAACUGGAGGAGCUCCUGAGGGCAGGGAAGGUUUCUUCCAGCCACGUGGAUGAAGUUUGGCCCAACCUUUACAUAGGAGAUGCGGCCACAGCAAAUAACCGCUUUGAGCUCUGGAAGCUGGGCAUCACCCACGUGCUGAAUGCCGCCCACGGGGGCCUCUACUGUCAGGGCAACGCUGACUUCUAUGGCAGCAGUGUGAGCUACCUGGGGGUGCCAGCCCACGACCUUCCUGAGUUCGACAUCAGUGUCUACUUCUCUUCUGCAGCUGACUUCAUCCACCGUGCCCUGAGCACACCUGGGGCCAAGGUCCUGGUGCACUGCGUGGUCGGGGUGAGCCGCUCUGCCACACUGGUCCUGGCCUACCUCAUGCUGCGCCAGCAGCUCUCCCUGCGCCAGGCGGUGAUCACCGUGAGGGAGCGCCGAUGGGUCUUCCCCAACAGAGGUUUCCUUCACCAGCUCUGCCGGCUGGACCAGCAGCUGCGGGGUGCAGGCCGGAGCUGAGGGGCCAGAACUGGGCCUUACUCCCUGCUAUGGGGCUCUGCCAUUUUGCCCUGGCCCUGCUGGUGCUGCUGGAGGUUGUGGCCCAGGUGGAUACCCAGAAGAUGGUAAGAGCCCAGUGCGGGGCCCACCCUCGAGCCUGCAGCUCCAUCCACUUCCUCCUGCUGCCUGCACUCCCUCUCAGUCAUGGCCUCCAGUGCUCACAGAAACAGCAUCAAGUGUGCAGAGACGGGCGUCUGAAAGCUGGGAGCAAAAAGUGCCCGUCAGAGAAGACCACAGCCUGGGCCAAAUACCCCCACAGGGUCUCGGAUUCCCUCAGCCAGCUGACUCCUGACACGAGCCAUCCCACCACGGUGAGGCCUGACCUGCAGCACUGGCCUGAGUCACAGGGGAUGGACUCGCUGCAGAAGCAGGACCUCCGGAGGCCCAAGAUCCAUGGGUCAGUCCGGGUGUCCCCCUACCAGCCACCCACGCUGGCCUCGCUGCAGCGCUUACUGUGGGUCCGUCGGGCUGCCAUGUUGAACCACGUCAAUGAAGUCUGGCCCAACCUCUUCCUGGGAGAUGCGUACGCGGCCCGGGACAAGAACAAGUUGACCCAGCUGGGCAUCACCCAUGUUGUGAAUGUCGCCGCAGGCAAGUUUCAGGUGGACACAGGUGCCAAGUUCUACCGCGGAAUGCCCUUGGAGUACUAUGGCAUCGAGGCUGAUGACAGCCCCUUCUUUGACCUCAGUGUCUACUUUCUGCCUGUUGCUCGAUACAUCCGAAGUGCCCUCAGUGUUCCCCAAGGCCGCGUGCUGGUACACUGUGCCAUGGGGGUGAGCCGCUCUGCCACAGUUGUCCUGGCCUUCCUCAUGAUCUGCGAGAACAUGACGCUGGUGGAGGCCAUCCAGACAGUGCAGGCCCGCCGCGAUAUCUGCCCCAACUCGGGCUUCCUCCGGCAGCUCCAGGUCCUGGACAACCGACUGGGGCGGGAGACGGGGCGGCUCUGACCUGGUGGGCAGCCAGGAAUCCUGACCCUCUGGCCGGCAUGGCCCACCUAACCAGCCUGCACCUGGGGGCCUUUUUUCCGGUGACCUUGAGAUGUGAAUGGCAAGUGGGGGCUUAGCUGAGGCAGAGGCAGGGAGAGCUGGUGGUGACCUUUAGCAGGUGGAUUUUCCCUGACCCAAUCCAAAGAUUCUUUAUGCAAAAGAGAGUUCAGUCUGUCUCUAUAAUAAAAGGUUCAUCAUAAUAAAGACUUCCUCUUCUGGUGAGUUCA